AUGAAGACGGAGCAUGAUAGCAGGAAUCCUCUGUCUUCUUCAACUAGGGAAGCGUUAAGGGCUCAAUCUUCCAAAAGGAAAGCUAGGACAGAGAAAACCCUUUCCUUGGAAGGAUUAAUGAAUCUUCCUAACAAUGUAAUCGAUCUGUCCUCCCCUAAACAAAAAAGAACCACUCGUGGUGGUGAAGCGAAAAACCGUGGUUUAUUACUAUCUGGUAGUCAAAUUUCCUCUAAGUCUAUUGAUCUAGAGUCUUCCUUGGAACCACCUGCAACAUGUACUCCUCAUGAGUGUCUGGUAAUUAUCGAUCCUGGAUUGAAACAUGCUGAAGAAAAUCUUCCUUCUCCUGACGCUGAAGCUCCAGGUGUUCCUGGUAGUUCGAACCUUACUCUUGUGGAAAAUUUUGACACCACUCCCUUGUUUGGGGGUGAUUCUCACCCGAAAUCAGCUGUUGAUGUUUCUCAAAGUACUUCAAAACAAAUUGAUGCUCCUAUGCCUACACUUGUCACACUCGCAACCUCAUUGCCCUAG